GCGGCACUCAGGUCUCAGCAGUGUCGCUCCGCUGCGCGCCCCGACCGGCCGCCAUGACGCGCUGACCCGUGUUCAACAAACUUGUGACAACUGACAUCAAACUUGUGAAACAUGUUGUGCUUUACCUGGAGAUAUGUCUUCGCCAGCACCCUGCUAGCCUCGGCGCUUGCGCAGAACACGGAAAGCAGUGGUGACUUCACACCAGUAGUUAGUGCAACAUGUAAGACUGGUGUUAUGUCGAUCAGGAUCAACUUCAGCCAGCCGUUCAAUGGAGUGACGCAUGCAAGAGAAUUCAGAAAGCCAGCUUGCAUGACGCUGGGUAAUGGAACCGAUUCUUUAAGUUUCGACAUUAACCUCAUGGCUGCGCCAGGUUCACCGGAUUAUUGCGGAAUAUUCUGGAACAAUCGCACAGACGAACGAUCUUUGCCUCUGGCUGUUCGCGUGCACCGAACACUCGAGCUUGCAGACGACAAGUUCUAUGUCAUCACGUGUGGCAAGGCCGGAUUCAGAAACGCGAGAAACGAAACAUCUCUGGUAUCGUUACGAAUGUUGAAUUCCGAAGGACGGAAGGUGUUAAACGCUGCCUUUGGAAUGCCUUAUACUCUCCGCGCAGAAAUAACCAAGUCUGAUGGUGCUCAUGGAAUACGUAUGAGGAAUUGCUUCGCUUUUAAUAUGCGCAACAAUACAGUAUAUCUGCUGGAUAAACGAGGAUGUCCUUUAAAAGAACAAUCAGUGACGGUAAAAAUGGAAAAUGGCGCCGUGGAAUUAGCAAUAGCAUCCAUGUUUCGUUUCUCAGACUCGUCGCAAGUCAACUUUCAAUGUGACAUCGGUAUUUGUAAAGGCAGCUGCCAAGCCACAGAUUGUACGACAGACGGACGGACAGAGCCGGCGGAUGAAGAAGGGUCCGUCACCACUUCGACUGGGAUAUUCGUGCUUGAUCCCAACGACAGUGCCGUUGCAGCUUUGGCAUGCUCAGAGAGCGGUAUCCGGCCGCUUUGGCUCCUAUACUUAGCGAUCGCACUAGGAGUCAUGUUCCUCGUGAUGUUGCUCAUCAAUUGCUUCCUUUGCACUGCCAUGACUUGUUCCUGUGCAAGGACUGAUGUGAUAGAGAAGGAUCCAUCUGUGGUGGAAGACUAUGACCCUUAUCGCAGCUGGCACGGCAGUCAGUACGGCAGCAGGUACCCAUCCUCCACUAUACACUCUGCAAGAUCAGUAUCGGACAACAGCGAUCACUACGCCAUAGUUCAGUCGAGGCCGGGGAGUCGUCACUCCGGCAUGCAUCGAAAUAGGCAUUGAUUAAUCCCGAUUGAUAGAAUUACUUGGUGACGCUUCAUAUUCAAAAUUGUGUCAGUGUGGAAGAACGUGAUAUAACGAUUAAUGUAUAUAGUACUUUAACAUAAUUGUACACAUCGCUGAGUAUACCUAAUACUAAUAUAAGGACUACCCAUAAACGCCAAGAUGUGUAUCGAUUUAUAUUUUAGGAUUAAAAUUAUUUUUGGAUAUUUCUUAAAAUUCAAAUAUUCAAUCAAAUGUUUUAUUAAUAAAACAGAUUGUAUGUUAAAAUGAUAUCUUAAUAAUAGCGUAUCUCGUGCCAUUUUAUAUGUCCAUAUGUAUCAAAGUCGAUUCUGAAUCUGAUGUAGAUUUGAAUUGAAUUAUUGAGAAUUUUAUUGUUUUAUUUUCAACUCCUAGAUUUUUUAUGUAAUAUAGUAUGUUGGGCUAACACCGGUUUUUUCAGAAUAACUAAGCUUGCUAUUUACUUAACUUAAUAAUUCGGUCGAUCAUGAAUCAUGAAUGAUGAAUGAAAUCUACAACAUUUCAAUGCCAAGGAACAAUAUUGACUGCCUAGGCAGUCAAUAUUUAAGAAUCAAUCAAUAACCAUAGAUAAUAUUAAAAUAAUCCGCAAGUUAAUAAGCCCAUUCCAAAUCGAUGUACAGGAAAACUAUCCGGGCUUACCCCAACAUACUGUUCUCGAAGAAUGCAACGAAUCGAUGCCGUAGUUUAAGAAAUUCGUAAGUACGAGUAGAGCAAUGACGAAUUAAUACGUAGAUAUUUUUAAUACAAUAUGUUAUGAUUAAUGAAAUGGCUCUGUCAUUUGCAAGAAAAAAAUAUAUAGAUCUAUAUUCGCUCAACAAAGCUUUGGAGCAAAUUAUUUAAAAAUUACUUAAGAGGGUAUAUUAUAAAUUGAAUGUACAUUUAAAGUUCGUGUUUGUUUAGAACACAAUGUUAUGGAGACGAAUUUAGACAAUAUUCAUAAAAGAUAAAAAGAGAAAUUAAAUUUAUGUAUAAGAAGUUAAAUUAUUAAAAGUAUAAAAAUACGUGUAUGAUGUUUUUUAACUUGGAGUGGUACUCUUUGAGCCAUAAUAAAUGAUUACUUACA